AUGAAGUUCCUCAAUGUACCAAUCGCAAUUGCUGCCGCAGCAAUCUUGUUAAUACCUUGCGAAGCCAAGCUUGGCCAUGGACUUUCCCAUCUCGAUAUUCUACAAAAACGACACUCUCAUAAUAGGAUUCAUGCAUCACCACGAGCAGAAGAUUCUAAGAACCUGUUACAAAAGCGUGGUACUUGCGAAUUUCCAACGGAUGCUGGAUUGGUUGCUGUUACACCCGAUUCAAAAAAUGCGGGAUGGGCAAUGAGUCCAGAUCAAGCUUGUACUCCAGGCUCAUAUUGCCCAUAUGCUUGCCCUCCUGGUGAAGUGAUGGCGCAAUGGAAUCCAAAAGCCACUUCAUACACUUAUCCAUUGUCUAUGGAUGGAGGAUUGUACUGCGACUCAAAUGGCAAAAUCAGCAAACCAUUCUCCAACCAACCUUAUUGUGUGUCAGGAACUGGUACAGUUGGAGUCGUGAACAGCUGUGGUGGACCCGUUUCGUUCUGUCAAACGGUUCUACCUGGGAAUGAGGCUAUGUUAAUUCCAACAUCAGUGGAUGGAUCCUCACAGUUGGCGGUUCCAGGUACAAGCUACUGGUGUGAAACCGCAGCUCACUACUAUAUCAAUGCUCCAGGAGUCUCGACUGCCGAUGCUUGUAUUUGGGGUGAUGGUUCAAAACCUAUUGGAAAUUGGGCACCAUAUGUUGCUGGAGCUAACACUGUCGCUAACGGUGAUACCUACCUUAAAAUUGGUUGGAACCCAAUUUGGACAUCCUCCUCCCUUUCAGACACCAUGCCUACUUUUGGUAUCAAAAUCGAGUGUUCUGGGUCUGGAUGUAAUGGACUUCCUUGUUCAAUUGAUCCAUCUGUUGUUGGAAUUGGAGGAGUUACCAGCGCCGAUCAAGCUUCAGGGGCUGGAGGUGCCAACUUUUGUGUUGUUACUGUCCCUUCAGGUCUAACUGCCGAUGUUGUGGUGUUUGAGAUUGGCGGUUCUGGAUCUUCGGCUUCCUCGUCGUCUAAAGCUGCUUCAAGUAGUGCUUCGCCAAGCCCUUCACCAACCCCAACCCCAACUCAUAGCUCAUCAUCUUCGAUUCCAACUACUUUGUCAACUCCACCUCCAUCAACUAGCAGUCCUGUCUCGUCUACAUCUACAUCCGCAUCUACAUCUUCCCCUUCUCCUUCGUCUUCCUCCUCCUCCUCCUCCUCCUCCUCCCCCUCCUCCUCUUCUUCUUCUUCCGCAAUCUUAUCCUUGUCGAUUUCUACCAAAGCGAGCCCAACUUCCUCACUUUUCAGUCACACAACGACCUCUAUCGUUGCUUCCACCUAUCCGACCGACGACGCUCAUGUGUUCCUUCAAGCUGGAAAUUCUACUGUUGGCGCAUCGAGUGUCUCCCUAGCCCAAACAGUGCUCAGCACUGGCACUGGCACUGGAGCAAUGAGUCCAAUCGCAAGUGCCGCUGAAACCGCUUCUGCAACAGCGUCAAGUACCAAGAAAUCUGCAGCUACAUCAACCGAAUUAUCAAACUCGGUUUUUGGCCUCGUCCUACUCCUUGCCAUCAGCUGCUUAAUCUAA